CGCUGUAGCCCGCCACAGUAUUUCACGUCUCCUCAUGCCACCCAGCGCUUUCGCCAUCAUUCCCGUCGCGGAAAAUGGAGGACUGAAUGGAGAUCGUCUUAGAUUGUAAAACGAGCAUAUCAACUCCACGCUUAGCCUCUCCUGUGACAGGCAAUGUGCUGCCAGCAGGACCUGCUUUAAGGGGAGCCUGAACAUUACAGCCUGAGGACUGCAGGACUGAUCUAGGUCAGCUGUGAAUCCCUGUUUCUCACAGCGCACACAUUGCAGCAGAUAUUCAGCUUGAAAAUACUGUCCCUGCUAUGGAGGGCAGUGGGAGCCUGGACACCUCUGUAGCUCCAGAGCCAGACAAGGAUCCUGUGGACGUCAGCUCUCAAGUAGAUGAAAAAGAGGAGGUGACCAAUGAGGAUGCAGAGAAGAUGGAUGACUCUGGGAAACCAGCGAAGGCUGGUGAAUUUAAGAAGACCUGGGGCUUUCGCCGAACCACCAUCGCCAAGCGAGAGAUGCCGGCUGAAACAGAGAGCCAGGACAGCAGGAGUGCACCGGUCCGCCGCAGCGGCCGGCAGGCCAAGCGCACCGACAAGCUGGAGGAGUUCCUCUCUACAGCCAAGCGGGGCCGUGGUGGUCGCAGGAGUGCCCCGGGGCACCUGGAGACCUGGGACACACCCUCCCAGACACCUACCGACGUGGAGACUGCGUCAGAGGCCAGCUUUGAUGGCAACGCGGCAACUGAGGAGCGGAAGCCCGACAGUAAGGCAUUGGGCAGGAAGGACGCGAAAGGCGGCUCUGUCAGUGAGGAUGGCAGCUCAGAGAAUGAGGAGAACACAGAGACUGUUCCCCUGAAAGCAGAGGAGCCUGAGGAACACAGCAUGGGUGGCCCUGAGGCUGAUGCACAGGAGCCUGUGUCCCAUGUAAGCGCUGAGGAGGAUGGGAAAAAGGCAGAGGAGGAGGAGGCCUUGGAGCAGACUACUGCAGGCACUCUGGCAGCUAUCAAGGACUCCAUUCCAGGCAAAAAGGCCUCCAAAACUAGACGGAGAGCCAAAGGCAGUAAGGACAACAAAGGCGAGGAGGAGGAUGAUGAUGAUGACGACGACGAUGACGACGACGAUGAUGAGGAAGAGGAAGAGUCGUCGGGUAAAUCUGACAACGAGGGAUACGACCCCAAUGCACUCUAUUGCAUCUGCCGGCAGAAGCACAAUAAAAGGUUCAUGAUUUGCUGUGACCGCUGUGAGGAGUGGUUUCACGGUGACUGUGUGGGUAUCACUGAGGCACGUGGCCGUCUGAUGGAGCGCAACGGUGAAGAUUACAUCUGCCCAAAUUGCUCUGCCCGUAAGAGCCAGGCGGCCUCCCCCGCCGAGAGCGGGAAGCGGACAGCCCGCAGGACCCGGCAGAGCUCUCCUGCAGAUCGGACAGUGCCUUCUGCUGGUUCGGAGGACAAAGCCAGUGAGGACCUGGGGAUCAAAGGCAGGAUAGAGAAAGCUACCAAUCCAAGUGGAAAAAAGAAAAUUAAGAUAUUUCAGCCGGCUGUCGAAACAGCAUCCCUGCCAAAGUGCAUCGGUCCUGGCUGCGAGAAGGCUGCCCUGCCAGACUCCGUAUACUGUGGCAAUGACUGCAUCCUGAGGCACGCAGCAGCCGCAAUGAAGUCCAUCACGGACGUGAAGGAGUCCAAACCGAAAGAAAAGGCUAAGGUCAAAGCUCAGAAGAAGCCUACAGCUAGAGCAGCUCCCAAGAAGAAAUCGGCUUCGGAAAGGAGAAAUCCGGGCAGAAAGUCCACGGAAUCAUCUGGCAAGGCAGAAGACGAUGCAUCGGACAGUGAGGACGAGGAUGAUGACGAUGACAACGAAGAUCCGAGGCCAAUUGAGCAGGAGCCGCCAGUGUCUUCCUGGUCCAGCGACCAUAAUUACAAUGCUGUCACGCCAGAAAAGGCAGCACCUGUAGCAUCCUCUGUGUAUAACAAAUCGUCUGGGAAGGAGAGCGAUGAAGCAGACAGCGAGAAGGAGACUGCCCCUGUGCGGAGGUCAUCUGCAAGUUCCUCUGCCUCCCCCAAAGGGGGCAAGCGGUCCCAAGGGGCAGGAGCCCCUAAGAUAGCCGCCAAGGGCAAGAAGCACAUCCUGCUACCCACCAGCGGGUCUAAGGCAGCCAAGAAACAUGCCCUAGCCUCUGGAAAAUUUCAUAAAUUGCAGAAAUCCAGUCCUGCUCCACCUUCUGCUGCCGGCCAAGGACAAGGUGCAGGAUCUGGCCCCAAUGUAUUGCCUACGGUCAUUGGUCCACCUGCUUCCCGGCACCAUGUCACGGGGGCCUUGAGAGUCACCAAAACGACCUUCACAAUCCCUAAGAAGCAGCCCAAACCUCAGGAGCCCCCACAGAUGCCGGGCUCGGGGCCCUCGGCGGCCCCCACCAGGCCGCUGCCAGCGUCGACCGCGCCCUCCAUCUCGUCCUCGGCACCCAGCAGCAGAGCCCCUCCGGCGGCCCCUGCACAGCCUCCAGCUCAACCACAGCCCAAUAACCAGAUCAGGCAGAAUAUCCGGCGCUCCCUUACUGAAAUCCUGUACAAGAGGGUGAGUGACAGUGAUGACCUGACCAUAUCGGAAAAUGAAGUUGGAAAACUCGCCGUCAACAUCGAGAAGGAAAUGUUUAACUUAUUCCUCAACACGGACAACAGAUAUAAAAACAAAUACAGGUCAAUCAUGUUCAACCUGAAAGAUCCUAAAAAUAAGGGUUUGUUCUACCGCGUUGUCGGGGGUGAAGUCACGCCCUUUAGGCUGGUGAGGCUGAGCCCGGAGGAGCUCUUGUCCAGGGAGAUCGCCGAGUGGAGACAGCGGGAGAGCACAGAGGUGCUGGAGCCCAGACCCCAGCCCGGGCAACCCAAGCCGGGAGUCAAGCCAGAGACAGCCCCCGACGUGGACAUGGAGGAGUCUCCUCCCGUGUCUGAUGGAGACGUAUGUACCGCCGCCACCUCCCCGUCUCCUCGCAUGGCUUCUGCGGCAGACCUGGAAGAUUUCAAACAGUCUGCCAGUUCGGCCCAAGCCGUGGCCCCUCCUUCAGCCCCCGCCCUCGCUUCCGCACCGGUUGCCGCAGUGAAAGCCAGCCAGGAGGCUGCCAGCGCCCCGGUGCCUGACAUCUUCAGCAGCAUGCUGAAAGACACCACAGCAGAGCACAGGGCACACCUCUUUGACCUUAACUGCAAGAUUUGUACAGGUCAGAAGUCCGCUGAUGAAGAGCCUGCCCCAAAGAGGCCUAAGCUUUCAUCAACCUCUGUCACCAAGAAGAAUGAGGCUAGAGGGAAGCAGGAACCGCGACCACUCAAAGCAGGUGCUUCAUCUGGUGAUGGAAACCCAGCCAUGGUCACCCUUCAGGACGGCGAAACGUCUCUCAUAGACUCGCCAGCCUCCCCAGAGGACAGUGCUGCUUUGCCAGCCUCUUCCACGUAUUCGUCCCUCGCUGCCCCUGUCACCAUCCCUGCAGUGUCCUCUGUCACCAUCACACGCCGGGACCCACGCACCGCAGGAUACCGCCCCCCCUCGGGGACAACUGCACCGGCCCCCACACCUGUCCUACCAAAUACCGCUUCAGAAUUAUCUGUGACGGAAAGCAAGCCAACUACACCACUGCUGCUUCCACCUCCGCCUCCUUCUGCCCCAAAGUCCAUCCUGUUAAAGCCUGCUGCUUCACCAGACACCCGCUUCUUCAGUCCACCUGGUACCAGCUUGACGGAGUCGCACUCCUCACCAGAGAGUGAAACUGCCGUCUUCCUGUCCCAGCAAGAGAUGAUGUGGAAGGGUUUCAUCAACAUGCAUACUGUGGCAAAGUUUGUUACCAAAGCCUACCUGGUCUCCGGAUCUUUCGAGUACCUGAAGGAGGAUUUGCCUGAUACUAUCCACAUUGGCGGCCGAAUCUCCCCCCACACUGUGUGGGACUACGUGGGAAAACUGAAGACUUCCUUAUCUAAGGAGCUGUGCCUGAUCCGCUUCCACCCAGCAACAGAGGAGGAGGAGGUGGCCUAUGUCUCCCUCUUCUCUUAUUUCAGCAGUCGGCGCCGUUUUGGUGUGGUGGCCAACAACAACCGCCGUAUCAAGGACCUGUACCUCAUCCCACUUAGUGCGAAGGACCCCCUCCCGUCCAAACUCUUGCCCUUUGAUGGGCCAGGCCUGGAACCAGCUCGUCCCAAUCUUCUUCUUGGCCUAGUUAUUUGCCAGAAAGAGAAGAAGCGUGCUGGGGUACCUCUGGAAAGUGAAGACAAGCGAGCCAAAAUUCAGACCCGAGAUCCUGAUGACACUGGCCUUCCCAAGCCACCUGCUCUUCCCAAGAGUGAUGUCAAACCAGAAAAGGUGCAGCGGAUUAACCCAGAGAUACCUAUGAGCACAACUCCUCCAGGCUCUCCUCCCAUUAGCUCUUCCGAGUCUUCAUCAGGUGUUCUUCCAGCUCCAUCCAUGCUCUCUCUCAUUUCCACUGCCAAGCCCCCAGUCUCUGUUCCCUCUGGUAAAGAUUCACCAUCUUCUACAUCUACCACUGAUGCUACCGCCACUCCCCUCCAAACCAUCCUGAAGACCCUAUUUGGCAAGAAGAAACAAGACACUGAUGUCUCUCUCUCCCCUUCAGAGCAGAGGUCUGUUGAUAUUACAGUGCCUCCAGCCACACUACUUGAUCCAAUUGUUCAGCAAUUUGGACAGAUAUACCCAAAAGAGGUGGAGGAAGAUGAGGAUGACCGCCCAUAUGAUCCAGAGGAAGAGUAUGACCCAGAAAAGGGCUAUGGCACAAAGACAUUAGCUGCUCCAGAUAACGUUUUUGUAGCCACGAAAGUACCUGAGCCCACAUCUGCUGAGGUUGAUGAUGUGGCUUAUGAUCCAGAAGAUGAAACCAUCUUUGAUGAAGUAAAAGGUGGUGUUGGUGACCUCCCUGGAGAGUCAAAGGCAAAAACCUCAGCUGAGUGCAGCAGCACUGCUCUUGGUGGUGGUACUUCACUGACCGAACAACAGAAAAUGCUAGAAGAGCUGAACAUGCAAAUUGAAGAGCAGAAACGCCAGCUGGAAGAACAGGAAGAAUCCAUUCGUCAACAGAGGGCAACAGCUGGUGUUUCCCACUUAAUUCCUGAUACCCUGAUGCCCCAGCCUUCUAAAUCAUUGUUGGCAAACAGUCAGUUGCUACAGCUUGGCAAAAAGGUGGAUGAAAUGGCUGCAAAGACUUCAGCUGCACCAGUCAUAAAUCAGAGAAGAGACCCACGACAAAGUAGGGACCCACGGCAGGCUGCAGCUAAUCGUAGAUUAACGAGCGACGCAGCGGAAAAGGAACCUUGCACUGAAGUUCCCACUACAGAAAUAGCUUCAACACAGCCAGACUCAUCCCAACCAGAAACAAUACAGGUGCCAGCAGAAACACAACCUGAGCCGGUGCCUUUCUUGGAAACUGAGAAUGCGGAAAUAUCUAUCCCCCUACUGGGAGAGAAAAUAGAACCUGAAAUGGAGGAUAACUCAUUUGUUGAGCUGCCUGAAAAAAACAGCCAGGAUAACUCCAAGCCAGAAAUUGAAAGUAACCCUUACACUACUUGGCCAAAUUCUGCCAGCAUUUUGAAAGCUAAAGAGCUAAAUCUUGAACAGCCCCAAGAUUUACCUGCACUAGAGUCAUCUCAGACUUCAUAUUACAGUGGAUCCAUGAAUACAGCGCCCUCAGGUCCUUUCCCUGGGAUCUCCCAGGACAUGGCACAGACUAAUUCAUCUCUAGUGGAUGUUCAGACUCCUCAUAUGCCACAUAUGGGUAUUAUAAACCCUGAGUUUGGGAACUCUCAGGAAAUUCCACCUCAUAUACCUUUUCAACAUCCACCUGGGCCUCCCCCAAUACAGGGGCCUCCGCCAUUGCAAGGUGAGAGUGAUCAGUCCCAGUACCGAGAUCCAUCCCCAUAUGCCCCACCAGGUCCUUAUCCACCUUAUCAGAAUCAGUGGGGGGGCUCUCAGCAACAGUUUGAAGGACCUCGAGGACCACCACCCCAGCCUAUGAUGGGACCAAGAGGUCCUCCUCCAUUCCAGCCCCUUGGUCAAAGAGGACCACCACCUCAGAUAUUUGAUAAUUCUAUGAGCGCUAUACCCCCCCAGCACAUGGGACCGAGGGGCCCACCUCCAUCGCAGUUCGAGGGUCAUUGUCCUCCCCCCCCUUCAUUUGAUGGGCAAAAUGGUUCUCUCCAGCCUAGAUUUAAUAGACCCCCACCACCAUUCAAUUUUCCUGGACCCAGAGGUCCCCCACCACCAUUUUCUGGACCACCACCUGUCCACUUUGACAAUAGAACUCCCCCACCCGCCCACUUUCCUGGCCCAAGAGGCCCACCCCCUCCUCAUCAAUUUGGAGAACAUGUUCCUCAAAAGCCACUACUGGAUACACCAAGAGGUCCUGAUGAGCAGCCGUAUGAUAACAGUGGCAAUACGUAUCAGCAGGGUAUCGAACCACACCAGGGUGAAACACCGCCACUGAUGUACAGAGAGAACCAGACAUUGGCACAGGGGCCCCCAUUCCGGGGUCCCCCACACAACCAAUUUGAUGGCCGGAGAGGUCCAUCUGCUGAUAUGGGGGGGCAACGUUAUCCACCCCCAAACCGAUUCAGUGGACCAGCAGCCCCUACUCAUCUUCACAACCAGAGAAUGCCUUCACCUCCUCAUAGAGGCUCUUUUGAGGACCCAAGGGGCCCUCAUCCUGCUGAGUUUCAAGGGCCAAGAGGAACCCCAGUAGUGCCAUUUGCAGGGCCCCGAGUUCCCCCACCCAGUCAUUUUCCAGACAACAGAGGAGGACAGCCACGAUUCCGUUUUGAAGGUCCCCAUCACCCACCAGAAAUACGGCCUCUGCGUCAUUCUGGGCCUCUACUGCCUACUCCUCCUGAAGGACCCAUUCAGUUGCCAAACCGAGCAGGCCACAGCCCUGAUUCCCACCGGGAGGACCACUGGAGGCAUUCUCCUGAGAUGAGGAGACGCAGUAGCAGAGAGGACUCCGAGCAGCGCAACAAUGGGGACAGGGCAGGCAGGUUUGAAGGCACACACCGUGAUAGGGAGGGUGCCCAAGGGCCCUCUCGGCUUUCAGAGGAAAGGCAAAGAGAGGUAUCCGAGGACAGGAGAAGGGAUCGGGACAGCGGCCAUUCUGCUAGGCAGUGGGACAGGAACUCUGGGAAACCCUGGAGCCGAGAACGGGACUGGGACAGGAGCAGAGAGAGAGACUGGGAUAGAGACCGGGAGAGAGACCGUAGCAGAGGAAGAGAAGCGGAUAGGCACAGAGAGGGAGACAGCGAUAAGAGGAGGGACAGGGACCGUGACAGAGACCGAGACAGAGAAAGGGAACGAGGUAGGGAUAGAGACUCUGACAGGAGAGACCAUGACCGUGACAGAGGAAGAAACCGUGACCGAGAUCGUGACAGAGACAGAGAGAGAGAUCGAGACCGCGACCGGGACAGCAGGGAUAGACGCCGUGACAGAUCAAGGAGCAGAGACAGAGGAAAAGAUAGAGACAGAGAUCGUGGAAGAGACAGAGAUCGGGAUCGGGAUAGAGAAAGAGACAGAGACAGAGACAGAAAAGACAGGAGUAAGAGUAAAGAAAAGGGGAAAGAAAACAAAUCUGAAACCCCGAAGGAAAGUGAAAAAACUUCAGAAACAGAGACUGCUGCUAGCAAAAAUGCAACAUCCUGAUUUCUUUCUUUUCUGGACUUCAUGCUGACAUCUAAUUGUCAUUCUUUCAUUAGAUGACCAUAUUAAAGGUGUUCCUUGGAUGGACUUAAAUGUAAAUACAAGGAAAAGAGACUUAAUAUGGGUGGAGAGUACUACUUAACGGUGCUACUGUAGUUUGUAUUAAAAGAUUUUGAUAAUUCCUUCCUCCAUAUUUUAUCAGUUGUACCAUCUGAAGUUGUAUUUCAAAGUCAUUUGAGUUCAGUGUGUGUGUCAGGCAAAUUUUGUGAUACCAUGCUAUUAUCUUGUAUUUCAGUAUAUACUGUUCCCUCUUUCAGGAGAGGGGACUUUUUAAAAAAUGACUUACGUGCAUAACUAAUUACAUGGAACACCACAAAAAUGUAAAUAUUUAUGUAUAAUUGUGUAUAUAGGUAUGUUUUUUUAAACACGUUUUCUAAGUAGAAAAUCAUAAGCCAUAUAGUUUGAAUGGAUACACGAAAACUGAGAAGAGUGUGAGGAUUCCAGUUUGCAGUCCGUGUACGUGCUUGUAUGUUAAAUAAUUUUAGUACACAACGGUUGUAGCUCUACAGUAAUGCUCAUCACCGGCAGUUGUGUUUGAAGCCGGUCCUGUUUUGUUUAAAAAUAACCAAUUAAACCUCUAAAUCUCUA